UUGUACAUGACAACAAACGUGGUCCAAUGGUUUUUGUGAGAGUAUAUUCAGGUAAAUUAGACAACCAUAUGACAUUGUAUAAUGCAAAUACUUGCCAUAAAGAACGUGUAAACAAGUUACUACAAAUGUAUGCAAACGAUGUAGAAGAAAUUCCAUUUAUCAAAGCGGGUAAUAUUGGUGUAAUAAUUGGUCUUAAGGAAACAAGAACAGGAGAUACAUUAAUUCAAUUUAAUGACUCUCGGAAAAGUCUUCGACUGCAAAAUAUUGAUAUUCCCGCACCAGUAUUUUUUCGUGUAGUAGAGGCGACUGGUAUUUCUGAAGAAAAGCCUCUAGAAGAAGCUCUUAAAAAUAUAUUAAGAGAAGAUCCCUCUCUUCAUGUGUAUAUUGAUCCAGAUUCUGGACAAACUUUGAUAAGUGGUAUGGGUGAACUUCAUUUAGAGAUUGUCAAAGAUCGUUUGUUGAAUGACUUUAAAGUCAAAGCAAAUUUGGGAAAAAUGCGAAUAUCAUAUAGAGAAACUGUUACUGAAAAAAUAGAUCAUACUUACUUAUAUGAACGUGAAAUUAUGGGAAAGAAA